CUCUUGCUGCUUUUUUAUUUUGUAGGUGCAACCGGAAGAAAUGUUCGCACGGGCUAAGCUAACUGUGUUGUAGCUGCAGUUCAUGUUUUAAUACCAUCUUUCUAACUGCCAGAUAAAUGGACAUUUUCCUUGGAUGUAAACAGUCUAUUCGCAUUAACUAGUCUUAGAAAUGGUAACAGAGGAGGUUUUAAAGAUAAACUUAGCGCUUGCGUGGAGUUUUUAUUUUUAAUAUGAACGUUUUAUUUGUGUAAUGCUAAUGGCAUAAUAUGUUCGCUAUGCGCGUGCCAAGCCUGUUCGCUCAAGCAAGCUAUUUUAUGCUAGGUGGCUGAAAAAUGUCACUGUUAUUUUAGACUAAUAACAUCCAGUAGUGUUUGGAGACUUAAAGUCGUUGUAAGGCUAAGUGCUAAAUAACGUGUGGCGGCUGUAGAUAUGAACAUCCACCUCGGGAGGAACGGGUUAAUCGGGCUCACCGUCGGAGCUACGGCGGGCUUGGGCUUGGUUGCUUUCAUAGUUUACAGGGAAAUCAGUAAGAGGAGAUGUCAGGGGCAAGUGUCGGAGACCCAGCCAGCACCACGGCUGUUUGACGCGGGGGGAGAACCAGCGCUGAUGCGGGAGCAGCUGGAUGCGCAGGAGAUGGAAGCCCAGCAUCAGGCUUUAGCAGCAGUGGAGGCAGUUGUGCAGGGGCUGUCCCCAGAGCAGCAGCUGGAGCUCAGGAACCAGCUGGACCAGGUGCUGAACUGUGUAGCCUCAUUGCGCUCAGAGGUGGCUGAGCUGAGGGGUGGCUUGCAGGACAUCGCUCUGCAAAUCAUUCAGGAUGUCAAGAAGGGAGUGGAGGAGAGUCAGCAUGUCCGUCGACGGCGUCAUCUUGUCCAUAGAGAGCGUGCUGACUCCACCAGUUCGAACUCAAUCUACUUCACUGCCAGCCAGGGGGUGACCAGCACUAACGAAGAGACCAGUGAAGGAGGAUACUCGACAGCCUACGCAGAGUCGGACUACACGGAUCGGGACACGGACAGAGAGGAGGGUGAGCCGGAGCCUGAUCAAGAGUCUGAGGAAGAGGAGGACAGGAGCUGUGCCACAGUCCUUAACCUCCAACAAGAAGAUUCCCAAGAGGAAGAGGUGGAAGUCGAGGAGGGGAAGGAAGACAAGACAGAGGGAAGGCUGCAGCUGAUGACAGAAGUUCCUAGUGGGGAGCUGGCUCUUCUCCUGGCUCAAAGUGACAUCCUUCACACUGGAGAUGCCAGGUUGAAAGCAGAAGGCUUCCAACUGCUGAUGGAUAACAGGACUGAGUACGGAGACAGCAGGGAGUUUCUAUGGCGACUUGCUCGAGCCUACAGUGAUAUGUACGAGUCAGCAAAGAACAAGCAAGAGAAAACAAGCUAUGCACUAAAAGGUCGGGAGGAGGCGGAGGUGGCCCUGAAGAAGAGUGGUCUGAAUGCUGAGUGUCACAAAUGGUUUGCUGUGCUGACUGGAUUAAUCUCAGAGCAUGAGAGCAUGCACAGUAAACUCAAGAGUACCCACAUACUGAAGGAGCAUCUGGACCGGGCGAUCGCCCUCAGAGAUGACGACCCCAUGUGUUUCUACCUGCUUGGAAGAUGGUGUUAUGAGGUCGCCACGUUGGACUGGCUGGAGAAGAAGGCAGCUGCUGCGCUUUACCAGAGUCCUCCCACCUGCACUCUGCAUGAUGCUUUAGAAAACUUCCUCAAGGCUGAAGAACUCAGUCCAGGUUUCUCCAAGACUGUGAGACUAUACAUCGCCAAGUGUCACAAAGAGCUGGGGAACAUCUCAGAAGCCACAAACUGGACCAAGUUGGCGCUGAAGAUGCCCACAAACUCUCACGCUUUAACCAACGAUGAAGAAACGUCUGAACUGGAGUCUGAGCUUCAGGCCUUAAUAGAAACAUAAAUGUGACCCCCCCCUCAUCUGUGGAUGUUUGUGAAAACGAGUCGUGUUUGCAAAAUGAGAAAAAUAUUGUGGCUUGUAACAUAUCUGCUUUAUCUUUAUUUCUUAUAUUUAAUGAGUUGUUUGUUUUGCAGGAAUGAUUAAAAAACAUCUUAAAGACUUUAAUUUUGUAAAAACCUGAGCGAACGAAGCUACGCUGGGAUUUAACUCCGAUCUGCCGACAUCCACGUGUGCUGGUGGUUUUUACACCUAAACUCAUGAGUCAGUUUCAGGCUGUGGAAAUAAAAAAGUAACUUUAAAUGUAGUUAAGAGCUCAGAUUCUUUAUUGCUGAUGGAGUUGGAGCAUUUUCCCAAAGUCAGGAACAAAUAUUUAUUCACCAGGUUGUAGGUUUGGUGAACUUUUCACCAUCCUAGAAUUUAUCAAAAAUAACUGAAAAUUAAGUCUUUUUCCCUGAAAUGUUCCUGAAUGUAGAAGGAAUAUGAAAACCAUCAUUUUAUAAAUACGUAACCACUUAUUUUUGUAAAAUUAAAGUUGUUCCUGUAAAUAAAAGUUUCAUUUAAACUUUAUUACAGACUCACAUUUGAGUAAAAAUAUUUGUUGUAAAGCAGCAGAAUGAGGAAAGUUUGUUUGGAAAAGCUUGUUUCCAGCUGAAGUAAUCGUACCUGAUUUGAGGGUAAAGAUGUUUAUUUUGACUCCUUGACCCAGAGUCAGGAUAAAUGUGUCUGAGUCUAAUAAACUUUAUUCUGAAUG